UUUUUUCUUUCUUUUUUCGUGAGAAUUUUACAAGUGAAUUUUCGGCAGCGCCUGCUGCAGUUUUUGUGCAAAAAGUAAUACUGAGAAAAGUAGAGAACAGUGCAAAACUUACAAUUAGCAUUAAGUUGGCAGCCGAUUAUGUAGCAUUGUAAGUAACUAAAUUGAUAAUCAGCGAAGACAGCGACAGAAAAGAGAGAGAGGCUCUAAAUUAAACGCGUUGCUUGGUUGCGGCGAUAAAGCACGGCGCACCUUUAGUGUCGUGUUGGUGUGUGCUGCGUCCGUCUCUUUUAUUAUUGCUGUGUGUCUCAUACAUACAUACAUAUAUUAUGUACAGAUACAUAUGUAUAUAUUGGUUAACUGAAAUACGCAUUUGUUGAAAAAAAGAAACGGCGCCAUUGUGGCCACGACCGUGCAGAAGAGAAGGUUGAAUUACAACAACAACAGUGACGGUGGUAAUCACUAUGAGCUUUUUGCCGGGAGAGCCAGUACCACCCGGCUUUGAAGAAGAAAUGGCGCGCACUCCAAUCAUUCACAAGCAAAUCGAAAGCUACAUCGAUGGACCACUCAUUGGCGUUGAGUACGCCGUGGAGCUGCAUGAAAAUAAUCAGCCACGUCCCGAUUAUUUUUGUGUGCUAUGCGAGACAUGCAACGACAGCCGAUCGAUUUUUAUGCAUUGGGCUUCGAUGCAACAUCGCAACAAUUUCCUGAAGGCGCACUUCCAGAAGGCCUAUGGGGUAUUGAAUAAAAUACGCAGAAAGCCCAUGGAGCUGGCCAAGGCCACGGAAAUAUUGGCGGAGGCCAUUGAGAAGAAAUAUGGACGGACUAUGCAGCUCCUGUCCAUAGCGGGGGAGGAUUUCCGUCGUAACCAAAACAAGAUUUGCAUUCAAAUCAAAAACAAAUUCCAUUUCGAUGAGUGUUCCGGUCCCGAUUUCGUGGACGUUGCUAUACAGGCGCUGCAGCCCGACUCCACUGCCAAAACUGAUGAAACUUUGAAGAUAACGCUCAAGAUUUCAGAUCCUGACAAGGCGGUCCCUCUGGACGAUGAGAACUCAAUUCAUUUAGAUGCCAUUUCCAGCGACGAUGAAAACUUUGGGCCGGCGGAUGGCAAGAAGUUGCGCAACAAAAUUCAGCAAGAUGAGAAACAGUCGACCAAUCGUAACUCGAAUCGUUCGCCACCAGCUGGCGGUGACAAAACGGUCAAGUCCAAUAUUAAAAUUAAACUGCCUACACCCAAGGAGCUGUCAAUACAGGCCUCGCACAUUGCUCAGGAACGCUACAAGUGGGAGAAGUUUCGCAGCAUGUUCGAAUUGCAGCUGAAGCAGCUACGUGAUGAGACAGAAACCUAUGAGUCCAAUCCCGAGAAGCACCCGGACUAUCCCGAUGAGUGGAAGCAGUUCUGGAAUCGACGCUACAAACAGCUGCAGGAGGAGAAGACCUGUGAUCCGAAUCGCUAUGAUUAUAAGCCUGAAUGGAUAGCCUACUGGAAGGAGCGUCGUGUCGAGCUUUUCAACAUAGCCGUGAAUAAGAUCAAAAAGGAUUUGCAGGAGAAGUUCAAGCUGGGCGACGACGAUGAGGAGCAAACCAAGAAACUGAUGGACCGCUAUAAAAUACGCGUGGAAGGCGCUUCGCCCCUUCCUGAUAAUGAACGUUUCACAUCCAGAGAGAAUUCGCCGCCAUUGCCUAGAAACGAUCGUCGCAAACCAAAUUUUCGCAGCAACCGCCAAGAGGCGGUCAUUAACAUCAGUGACGAUGAACAUUCCUCACCGCCACGUCGCUCCAAUAACCGUCCCUAUGGUCGCUCCAGAUCGCGUUCGGUAACACCGAAGCGUGCUCGGAUGGCCGGACGUUAUGGUCGUCGAUCACGCACACGUUCGCCCGUAAGGCGUGAUAUGCGACGAUCAGGACGAAUCACACGUUCCCGCUCCCGCACGCCCCGUAACAAGCGCUCCCGAUCGCCCUAUAGCCGCGAUCCCGACCAUGCCCGUCUUCGGGAUGGUCGCGAGCGCACAAUCUCAAAUUUGUCAAACCAUUCGCGCAGUCGCGACGAUUAUGCCGAUCGCCGCAGUUUAGAACACGAGUACUUCAAAGGCGAUGGCUAUCGUCCGUCCCGGUCUUACGAACAGGUCGAGACUUUCCGUGUGCUUGACUCUCGGAUCUAUCCGGAAUAUAAUCAGCCAACCCGCUCCACGUCACCGGCCGCUUCGAGCAAGGAUCACGAUAAAGCGGCCGAUGAUGGUCCAUUGACUGUUGUAAGUGUAUUGCGUAUGUUGGCCGCUCUGGAGGAUCAUUUGGGCAGCCUAGGACCCAAGGCCCUCAAUCUGCUUGGAAAAGCCCUGGCCAUGGAGAAAGUACAAGCGAAUGCUGCCGAUGAGCUGCUCCUCAAUGAGGACAACUGUGUGUUCAUGGAGCUUAUCAAGGAGAAGCUCAGGGGUCUUGUUAUUGCCGAAGUGCUCGAUGAUCCACAAAAAGUGCGUGUUGUGAAAAAGUUAAUCUCUAAUAUUGCGGCCAUCAUAUUCCAAGUGAAUUCCCGUGGUGCCACAGCGUCGUCUGAAGACAAACUCGACGAAGUCAAUAAGAAAAAAGACUACCAGCUGCCCUUCGAUAAGCAAAUUGUGUCCACGAAAUUGGCCAGCGCCUUGCUGAUGAAGGGAUACGAUAACGUGACCACCGCAGAUAUGAUUAAAAUGAUCCACUUCUUCACCCUGCUGGUUAAGGUGAAUAGGAUGCGCGAGGCUGAGAAUAACUCGUCGCUACACUUUGGCGAAGUUGUGGAGCAACUGGGCCUGAAGAUGAAGGCCGCCACACCGAUCGGCCUGGAUCUGAACGAGCUGGUCAAGGAGGUGGAGCAACAGCUGUCCAAGGAGGCAAGGAAGCAAACGGCAGCUGUCGAGGCUGUCAAGGCCAGUGUGGCCAAUAGUGAGUCAAGCAACGGCAUGGAAUCGCUUACCGAUUCAGAUCUACAGACACUGCUGCAGAACUUUAAGUUUCUGUCCAGCGAGGAGCAGUUGCAUCUCAUAUCGCAUGUUCGCAAGCUGGAGGUCAUCGAUCCGCCGCGCGUGGAGCGUUUACGUAAAUUUGUCAACCUGGCGGAGCUGUGCGGCGAUGGUGAGUCGUGUAGCGACUUCCUGACUCGCGUCGUGGCCAACGCCAAUCAUGGCGGCACCAACGAUCUGCCCUCAACUUCACGUUCAUCGACUGCCGGUAUUCCCACCCGUCGCAAGAGUCCGCCGUCCCGUGAGCGCGAACGCGACCGCGAGCGCAUCCCCUCAAUGGAUCGCGACAAGUCGCGUCGUGGCCCGAUGCGUAACUCCCCCCAAUUCAUGCUGGACGACGACGACGAUGAUGACUACAAUUUCGAUGAUCUUGUCAUGAAGGCAAAGGACUCGAAUGGAAAGCAGACCGGUGCUCCCAUUGUGCCUGUGGAAUCAUCGCCGAACGCCUUGACUUUCAAGCCGGCAGCAUCGAAGAUAUCGCUCAAGGACACCCAAAAUAUCAUUGCCAAUUUGAUGGGAACGCUGUCCAAUGCCAGCGGCAACAACAUCACCAGCGGCAAGGGCUCCGUCCCAGGAUCAGCUCCACAGAUGUCCAGAAAUAACGCACAGCGUCCACCGAUGCGUUCCAACCUAAUGCCCAGCCAGCAACGUCCACAGCAGCAUCAGCAGCAGCAGCAACAACAACAGCCGCAGUCCCAAAACCCGCCACAACAACAACAACAACAGCAGCCGCAACAUCCACAUCAAAUGCAACAGCACUAUGGUGGUGGCGGUGGACCGCAAAAUAUGAAUCACAUGGCCGGGGUCGGACACAACAAUGGACCCUACUAUCCCGGCAGCUAUGGUAAUGAACAAAUGGGUCCUGGACCGGCUGCCGGUCCACAAUAUAACAUGCAACAGCCAUAUAAUAUGCAGGCUGGCUACGGAGGCUAUAACCAAGGGCCGGGCCCAAUGGGACAGCAGAAUUUUGGUGGGUAUGGCGGUGGCUCAGGUGGCCCCAUCAAUCCCUGGGCCAAUGGCCCCCCCGCCCAACAACCGUACAACAACAUGCCACAGAAUUAUAUGCACCCACAACAGCAGCCUUACAACAUGUAAUGUGCAACUCACUCAGUGUGUGUGCGUGUGUGUGGGGUGUAAACGUAAUUACCAUGUGUACAUCUCGUUGCUUGCCAUGGCCAACAAAAAA